GUCGACUGACUGUUUUGCUGUCAUCUGUCGAUGUCAAAAAGACAAACAAAUUAUUGAUUUAGUAAAAAAGCCAAACGACCUCAAUAUAUGUAAUUAGUUUCGUUCCUUGUUGCUAAGAAAAUGUCAUCUAUUAUUCAAAAAUGUAAUGAUGAUAAUAUACCCUUAGCUGACGAUGAUCCACAAGUAAUAAUUACAGACGACAACGAAAACAAUCGCUUGGACCAUGGUCGUUCUAUGGACUCUUUACCAAGUUCUUACACAGGAGGCUCGUCAAGCCCUGGCUUAAAUGGGCCGCCUAGCUUCGAGCCGGAUUCAGGCAUAGAUGAGCAAGAGGAGAAAGCCCGUUUAAUAUCGCAAGUACUGGAAUUACAGAACACAUUAGAUGAUUUGUCUCAGAGAGUGGAUUCUGUAAAGGAAGAAAAUUUGAAGCUACGUUCCGAGAACCAAGUUCUCGGGCAAUACAUUGAAAAUCUAAUGACAGCUUCUUCAGUAUUCCAAUCUACCACUUCUAAUGUUCAGAAAAAGUAAAUAAUUUAUUUGCUGACAAUAGCACCAACAUUAAAGUAUAGGCAGAAGUGUGUUUUAAUGUUGGCAAUCAUGGAAACCAUUAAAUGCUUCAUGGUAAUCUGUAUGGCUGUUACAUUAGAGUCUCUCUUUCUCUCUCUAAAAUGUGAAAGUAGUGAACAGGAGGUGUGGCUAGGCUGUUCUGGCAACAUGUUAUAAUUUUAUUAAUAGCUUUAUGUACCACUAUACCAUGUGAUUCUGUAAACUUUAAAUAACUGCUUUCAAUGUAAUCCAUUUUAUUUUAUUAAGUUGUCACCUGAAGUUUUCAUAGUUAUAUAUUUUGGGUCCAAUAAGAAACUUGUAUGAAAUAUUGAGUGUUGCCAACAUCAUAACAUUCUAUUUUUGAUUAUUUUAGGAAAAUUUUGUGGCUUUGCUUUAAGAAAGCAGCAAAAUUUUAAUAAAUUCACAAGCACAUAUUUUAUUGUAGUUAUGACUAUCUUAAAUGUCUAAGCCUAAUUUCUCAAUGUAUGUACACAAUCAAUAUAUGUUUAAAUUAUUUUAAAUGUUACAAA